GCUCAACAGAUAUCAACAGUCUCUGCAAUUCCUUUAAUAAGACAUCCUCAAGAUUCCCAAAUUCCAACACAAUUCUCCUCCAAAAUUCUCGCCAUAAUAUUCCAAACGCAUAUAUAAACACCAAUCGAUCCCCCCUUCUUCCUAAGUAAAAAUUUAGUAUCUCUACAAAAACAUAGAUUUCCAUGGCUUCCAAUGGAAGGACCACAUCUCUCUCCAUGGCCCCCCUCCUCCUCCUCAUGUUCUUUGUGUCCCUCGCAUUGGCCUCUGACAUGUCCAUCAUUGACUACGAUAAGCAACAUGGGAUGGACACGGUGGUCCCCAACAACAGGACCGACGUGGAGUUGAGGGUGAUGUACGAGACGUGGCUCAUCCAGAACGGGAAGGCCUACAAUGGGCUGGGUGAGAAGGAAAAGCGGUUCGAGGUCUUCAAGGACAACCUGCGGUUCGUGGACGAGCACAAUGCGCAGACAGGCCAGACUUACCGGCUGGGCAUGAACCGUUUCGCGGAUCUCACUAAUGAGGAGUACAGGAGAAGGUACUUGGGAUUUGGAGGGAAGGUGGAGAGGAAAGGGAGGGCAUUGAAAGGGAAGAACAAUGGCAGGUAUGCCUUCAAGGAAGGUGAGGAGUUGCCUGAUCAGGUGGAUUGGAGGGAGAAGGGAGCUGUUGCUGAGGUCAAGGAUCAGGGACAAUGCGGGAGUUGCUGGGCAUUCUCAACCGUAGCUGCAGUGGAAGGCAUUAACAAGAUCGUGACCGGGGAUCUAAUCACCCUCUCUGAGCAGGAGUUGGUUGAUUGCGAUCGGUCCUAUAACCAAGGAUGCAAUGGGGGUCUCAUGGACUAUGCGUUUGAGUUCAUUACAAAGAAUGGGGGCAUUGACACAGAGAAAGACUACCCUUACCGUGCAGCUGACGGGACAUGUGACCCAAACAGGAAAAAGGCACAGGUCGUUGCCAUAGAUGGGUAUGAGGAUGUUCCUCAGAACGAUGAGAAGUCCUUGAAGAAGGCUGUGGCGAAUCAACCGGUCAGCGUUGCCAUUGAAGCUGGGGGCAGGGCCUUCCAACUGCAUCAAUCGGGUGUUUUCACCGGAAUGUGCGGAACGGAACUGGAUCAUGGUGUUGUCGUGGUCGGUUAUGGAAGCGAGAACGGAGUGGACUACUGGAUCGUGAAGAACUCAUGGGGCCCGAGAUGGGGCGAGAGUGGAUACAUCAGGCUGGAAAGAAACAUCAGAUUUGAAACCGGCAAGUGUGGCAUCGCUAUGGAGCCCUCCUAUCCGGUCAAGCUGGGUGCAAACCCGCCGAACCCAGGCCCAUCUCCCCCCUCCCCACCCGUACAACCUCCAACGAAAUGCGACGACUACUACUCUUGCCCCGAGAAAAGCACUUGCUGCUGCAUUUACCAGUACAGUGGGUAUUGCUUCGCGUGGGGAUGCUGCCCGCUUGAGUCUGCAACAUGCUGUGAUGAUCACGACAGUUGCUGCCCUAAAGAGUAUCCUGUCUGCGACCUCGAUUCUCUGACUUGCAGGACGAGCAAGGACGACCCCUUGGGAGUGAAGGCGCUGAAGCGGAGUUUUGCUAAAAGAUACGACGCUGGAGAAUUCACCGAAAUGGUCAUGGAGAGCCCUUAAUGCUGCCAGACCAAGAACAGCUCAUUGAUGCGCAACGGAUUGGGUCUAAACAUAUAUAUGCGGCUCCAUAAAGAUGGAGAUGCGUUUGAUCGGAACAUGAUAGACUCUUCCUUCUGUAUAUAACAUUUUAGAAUUAGGCGGAAAAAAGGGAAAAAGAUCAUAGUUUAUGAUCCUUUUCAACAACAGUAUGUGUGCGUGUAUAUAUACAAAAUUUCAAGAAACAUUGUUGUUUUUUUGGUA